UUUAAAUUCUAAAUACCGCAGAUGUUUUGAUUCUUUUUCUUUCUUUUUUGACGGACAACAUUUGUAUAUUAUUGUAAUUUAAUUUAUAUUGUAGAAAGUUUUUGUUAAGUAUUUAUGUAGCAGGAAACGUCCAGAUAUUAGUGUUUAUUAGAUGUACAACACUUCCUAUUUACCAAAAUGUUAUCUCUUCAAUAUUGCUAAUUAAAAAGUAUUUUUUGUCAGCUUGUUAAAAGUUAGCGCGUAAUCUAAUUAUCAGUAGCCACUGAUAGAACUACGCGUAAAUUGAGCCGCUAAACGAAGUAGAUAAAACUUACCCCCAUGUGUUUUUAGCGUGUAGAAUAUAUUCAAUAUGGCUCGAUUACGUUUAUGGAUUAUUUUCUGUUUGUGUUUCAUUUUUAAAUUAUCUCAAGGAAAUGAUGAGGAAGAAACACCGGAAGAAGAAAUGUAUGGUGUUAAAUAUGCAAAAAAUUGUGAAGUUUGCAAAUAUUUAGUAUUGGAAUUGGAAAAUAGGCUUUCUGAAACUGGCAAAACGCAUGAAGUAAUUGAAAUGGGAUAUGAAUUGGACCCUGCUGCAAGAAAAAAGAAAAAAUAUACCGUAUCAGAACUACGUCUUGUGGAAUCAUUAGAAGGUAUUUGUGAUAGAUUACUUGACUACAAUAUUCACAAGGAACGGAAAGAUAGUACGAGAUUUGCAAAAGGCAUGAGCACUACAUUUAAAGUUCUUCACGACUUAGUUGAUAAAGGUGUGAAGGUUGAGCUAGGAAUACCCGAAGAAUUAUGGGACAAACCUUCGGCUGAAGUAACAAAUUUGAAAAUGCAGUGUGAAAAUUUACUAGAGAAACAUGAAGCUGAUAUUGAAGAUUGGUAUUUUAAUCAUCAAGCUGUUCCUUUAAAGCAGUUUUUAUGUAUGGAUAAGGCUUUGCAUAAAGGAGAUACAGAAUGUUUAGAUGAAAAUUAUGUUCCUCCACCACCUGAGAAAAAGCCGAAAGGAGAUUCUAAAGAUGCCAAAAAGAAAAAAAGAACAAAACAUAAAAAGGAAGAGAGUAAUAAAAAAGAAAAUAGAAAAGGUGAAACAAAAGAUGAAUUGUAGAGAGAAAAAAAAUUUAUAAGUAGUUUUAUUUUAUGUAAUUUAAAUUUAAUAAAUCUUUUAUAAUUUUUUA